AUGACGAAAGCACUGGCGGGUUUCCAAGCACUCGCUUCAGUUUGCAUUGACAGUCGGCCCACAAAGCUGGGUGACCACAGUCAGCUCCGGGACCUCCGCCGGCUCCUGCACCUCCGCCGGCUCCUGCCCCGCAGCCCGAGCGCGCCUGCGUGCCGGAGCCCCUUUGUUGCUCCGCCGCCGGAGUCUGGCUGCGCCUGCGUGGUGGGCGGGCGCCGACAAGUGCGCUGCGCCGCGGGCACCGGCCGGGGGCGAGCAGACUUGAGCCGCCGCCGCAGCCGUUGCGACCGUCUCAGGGGAGUUCAGAGGGCCGGGCGGCGGGAGACUUCCCACAAGGUGGCUGAGAUGUCGUCCACUGCGGCUUUUUAUCUUCUUUCCACCGUGGGAGGGUACUUGGUGACUUCCUUCUUGUUGCUCAAAUACCCGACCUUGCUGCACCAGAGAAAGAAGCAACGAUUCCUCAGUAAACACAUCUCUCACCGCGGAGGUGCUGGAGAAAAUUUGGAAAAUACGAUGGCAGCCUUUCAGCAUGCAGUUACAGUUGGAACUGAUAUGUUGGAAUUGGACUGCCAUAUCACAAAAGAUGAACAAGUUGUAGUGUCACAUGAUGAGAACCUAAAGAGAUCAACUGGCGUCAAUGUAAACAUCUCUGAUCUCAAGUACUGUGAACUCCCACCUUACCUUGGAAAACUGGAUGUCUCAUUUCAAAAAGCAUGCCAAUGUGAAGGAAAAGAUAACCGAAUUCCAUUACUGAAGGAAGUUUUUGAGGCCUUUCCUAACACUCCUAUUAACAUCGAUAUCAAAGUCAACAACAGUUUGCUGAUUAAGAAGGUUUCAGACUUGGUGAAGCAGUACAGACGAGAACACAUAACAGUGUGGGGUAAUGCCAGUUAUGAAAUUGUAGAAAAGUGCUACAAAGAGAAUUCAGAAAUUCCUAUACUCUUCAGUUUACAACGUGUUCUGCUCAUUCUUGGCCUGUUCUUCACUGGCCUCUUGCCCUUCGUGCCCAUUCGAGAACAGUUUUUUGAAAUCCCAAUGCCUUCUAUCAUAUUGAAGCUAAAAGAACCACACACCAUGUCCAGAAGUCAAAAGUUUCUCAUCUGGCUUUCUGAUAUUCUACUAAUGAGAAAAGCUUUGUUCAACCACCUCACUGCCCGAGGCAUUCAGGUGUAUGUUUGGGUAUUAAAUGAAGAGCAGGAAUACAAAAGAGCUUUUGAUUUGGGAGCAACUGGGGUGAUGACAGACUAUCCAACAAAGCUUAAGGAUUUUUUACAUAAUUUUUCAGAAUAGAAAAGGAGGUACUCAGAAGCAUUCGAAGAAAACAUGAAAAGACCUAAGGAAAAAAAAUUGUUAUUAUUUCCCUAAGCCAUUUCCAGAACAGUAAAAGGUUUAAUCAGUUAAGUGUUUAUUACCUCAUUUUUAAGCCUGUCUGAGAAUGUAGAAACUAUAUAUUGUAUAUUUAUUUUAAACAAGAUUGCAUAUUUUACAUUUGUAAAUAGUUUGUUUAGAAAGAUAACUGGUUAUGAGAUGUAAGUAGAAGAUUAUUGAUCAAGAUUUCUGUAUAUGAUGCAGUAUUCUACUAUUGUAAGUAAUUCUGAAAUCAAAGACUAUUGGAUGACUUUGACAUUAGCCUUCACUGGAAUAAGAUCAACUAAUUAGUAAGACAGAAUUAUUGAAGGCCAUUACAGCUAUCCGAGUUGUCUUGUUAUUUCCAGGUACAUCUUAGUUAAAGGGGAAAAAUACAGUAGAAAGAGAGCUUGGAAAUCAGUGAUGUAGUUGUCUGACGAGUUGUACAUUUUUAAUAGAAAGCAGACUCAAAGAAAUAACUGAAAGUUUAUUACAUGAUCAGAAAUAAAAUCUAUAGACUGAAUUCGAAUUUCUUGUUUGCUGUUGUCAAUAGAGACAUUCUAUUUGGACUCUUUUCAGGUGUAUAGUAAUGCUACUGUGUCUUUUUUUUUUUUGUAAACAUUAAAAUUGGACUUAAUAAUUAUAAAUUAAGACAAGAUGCAAAUAGUCACAUUUUUGUUUCCUCUAAAGAAAUGUACAUUUUUCAUUGUUGGCAAUAACUGUCUGGGCCUACAUCCAGACUUUAAAUAACAUCUUGAAUCCUAAUAAUCAUAUGAAACUGAUGAAAGUGCAUAUCGUUGUGUUUAAUACUUAUAGUAUAAACCACCUGCUCCUGAUCUUUAAGAAUUUAUUCUUCUGAGUAUUAAGUGGAAACAGAAUUCCUCAAAGCAUUAGGCAUCACUUUCUCAGAUUUCCUGAUGUGACUUCAUGUAAAUGUUUCUAAUCUUUUUGACUUAUUUUCAUGAUCUCUUUGGGAGGUAAGUGUAAUCUGGAACAAUAAGCAUCUUAUCCCUAGAUUACAUCUCUCAUUUGAAGUUUGCCAGCUAACAGCUACAAAGGGUGAUCAUACUCUCCCUCCCAUCCCUG